CCGCAGCCCCAGCGCUUCCCAGCCCUGCCCCCCCGCCGUGGAGCCCUGCAGCUGGGAGCGCGCCCGGUCCCCAGCCGCAGCGCUGCCGGAGCCCGGAUUGCGCUCCCAUUGCAAAGCCGGCCCUGCAGGAAUUGGUGCUAUGACAGGCAAACUCCUGGAGAAGCUGCCGGGGACCAUGAACACUUUGAUGAACCAGUUGCCUGACAGUCUGUACCCGGAGGAGAUCCCCAGCUCCCUCAACAUCUUCUCCGGCAGCGGCGAGUCGGUGGCUCACUACAACCAGAUGGCUGCAGGGAGCGCGGCAAGUUGGUAGCGGCGCCGGCGGCCGGACGCGGCUCCGUGGAGUGCCCAGCCCGGCGGCGGGGCGGACGCGAGGCGGCCCUCGGGGAGGAAGCCUACCUGCAGCCGCAGAUAAUGUUAUGGACAUUGGAUUAGCGAACGAGAAGGCCAGCCAGGAACUGUCCUCCUAUUCGGGUACUUUUCAGCCCGCCCCGGGCAACAAGACUGUGACCUACCUGGGCAAAUUCGCUUUCGACUCGCCCUCCAACUGGUGCCAGGACAACAUCAUCAGCCUGAUGAGCGCGGGCAUCCUGGGGGUGCCCCCCUCCUCGGGCGCGCUCACCAGCACGCAGAGCUCCGCGGGCAGCAUGGGGCCGCCGCAGGGCGACGUGGACCAGAUGUACCCCGCGCUGCCGCCCUACUCCUCCUGCAGCGACCUCUACCCGGAGCCCGUCUCCUUCCACGACCCCCAGAACAACCCCGGCCUCACCUACUCCCCCCAGGAUUACCAGGCGGCCAAGCCCGCCUUGGACAGCAACCUCUUCCCCAUGAUCCCAGACUAUAACCUCUACCACCACCCCAACGACAUGGGCACCAUCACGGAGCACAAACCCUUCCAGAGCUUGGACCCCAUCCGCGUCAACCCGCCCCCCAUCACCCCGCUGGAGACCAUCAAGGCCUUCAAGGACAAGCAGAUCCACCCGGGCUUCGGGGGGCUGCCGCAGCCGCCGCUCACCCUCAAGCCCAUCCGGCCCCGCAAGUACCCCAACCGGCCCAGCAAGACGCCGCUGCACGAGCGGCCCCACGCCUGCCCCGCCGAGGGCUGCGACCGCCGCUUCUCCCGCUCCGACGAGCUCACCCGCCACCUCCGCAUCCACACGGGCCACAAGCCCUUCCAGUGCCGCAUCUGCAUGCGGAGCUUCAGCCGCAGCGACCACCUCACCACCCACAUCCGCACCCACACCGGCGAGAAGCCCUUCGCCUGCGAGUUCUGCGGCCGCAAGUUCGCCCGCUCCGACGAGCGCAAGCGGCACGCCAAGAUCCACCUCAAGCAGAAGGAGAAGAAGGCCGAGAAGGGCUCGGCCGGGCCGCCCCCCGCCGCGCCCCCCCCUGCCGCCGCCGCCGCCGCCGCCGCCGCCGCCUCGCCCCCCGUCGCCCUCGCCCCCGCCGUCACCACGUGCGCCUGAGGCCGCCCCGACGGGCCGGGCACGGCGGCGGCCCCCGGCCCGGCUGCCCCCGCCGCGCUGCUCCGCUCCGCUCCGCUCCGCUCCCCCGCGGGGCCCGGGGCCGCCGCCGCCCGCCCCCCCCCGCCCGCGCCGCCGGGGCCCGGGGCAGAGCGCGGCGACCCGCUCCGGUCCUCCCGGGUGCCCCGGGGCUGGGCCCGCCCGGUGCCGGCUCCGCCUCGCCGGGAUCCGGCUCCCUCCGCCCCGCACGGCCCGGCCCGGCCCCGGUUCCCCCGGCUCCGGCUCGUCGGGCUCCGGCUUCCCCGGCCCGGCCCCGGCUCCGGCUCCCUCGGCCCCGGCUCGUCGAGUCCCGGCCCCCCGGCCCGGUUCCGGCCCCCCGGCCCGGCCGCGGCCGCCGUCGGUGCGGGGCUCCCCGGAGCGCAGCGCCGCGACGGGACGGGACGGGACGGGACCCCCCGGGCCCGGCGCCCCCCGGAGCCGCCCCGCCGCCGCCGCCGGGCUGCAAGUCACUUUAUGGGUCUCGGCGCGCUGCUCGUCCCGCCUGGCUCCGCCGCUGCCCGGCUCCGCUCCGCCGCGGCGCCUCCAGGUACCGCUCGGCUUCACCGGGGCUGGCGGCGGGGGCGGGGGCGGGGGGCCGCGUGCCGGCGUCGGCUUUUUUUUUCGGCAGAAGGGAAAUUCUUUACAGAAAUGCAGAAAAAAAAAAAACAGUAUUUUGCUGAAUACUUUUUAUAAUGUGAGAUAUUUUUAUUUUAUUUUAUUUGGUCACUUUAAAACAAAAAGCAACUACGGAGGAGAAAAAUCAAUUAGUCCUCUAUUUUAUUUUUUUUUUCCUUUCUCCUUCUGGUAUGUGCAUGUCAUUGCAUGACUGCUCUGAUUUUUUUCUUCUUUUGUUUUAAUAAAACUGUGCUCAGACAUUUAAGCUAAACUAAGCAAAAAUAAUAAUGACUUAAAAAAUCUUUGUUGCCAAAAGGUCGUGCUAUCCAGGUUUGAUGUCUGCAUGUGAAAAAAACAUUAAAAACAUACAAAAAAUAAAGAGAAGAGAAAGAAUGCAGUCUAAUUUAUGUGAACCGAAAGGAACAAAAAACACAAUCAGGUUUAACCACACGAACCUAAGGGAAUGAUAUUUUUUGAAAGACUUUUGUAUAAAGUUGAGUACUUAGAGAAAAAAAAAAUCAUACCAGAUGUAAUAUAUUUUGUGGAUGUUUUUAUUUCUUGGAUUUAUAGUACCUUAUACUAAGGUUAAAAAAAAAUUAUGCUUGAUAUUGUGAAAAGGUGAUAAUUUUCACACACAUUUCAUUUGCUCAUUUGUCAUGUUGUAAUGCAAAUAUGAUAGUUAAUGCAUACAGCAUUUUUAAGGGAAAAAUCAGAAAUAUUGAACUGAUGUAUUGUUGUACCAUUUGCACUGUGAGCAAAUGCUAAUGCAGUAAAUAUAUUGUGUUUGCUGACAAUCAAAUUCUGUAGUAAAUAUCUUUAUUUUACCUUGCUUAAAAAAUAUCUAUAUUGGUUUGAAAAAAAAAAAAAGUCUCUAAUAUGUAAGGAGAAUGUUAAAAUGGCUUGCUUGAAAUGUGUAGGAUGGUAGGCGUUGUGCCUCUUUACAGAUGACUUUGAAAUCUGUUUGUACAUUUUCUAGUGUUGUAUUUUAUUAUUUUUUGGUAUGAUUUUUAAAAAUAACCCAACCUUUUCUCA